UGGGCGCCAUGGCGUCGCUCUUCAGCGGGGCGCUGCAGCUGACGGACCUGGAUGACUUCAUCGGGCCGUCGCAGGACUGCAUCAAGCCCAUGAAGGUGGACAAGAAGCCAGGGAGCGGCGUGGCCAAGAUCCACAUUGAGGAUGAUGGCAGUUACUUCCAAGUGAGCCAAGACGGGGGUAUGCGGAAGCUGGAGAAGGCAAAGAUCUCGCUGAACGACUGCCUGGCGUGCAGUGGCUGCAUCACCUCAGCAGAGAGCGUGCUCAUCACCCAGCAGAGCCAUGAAGAGCUUCGGAAGAUUCUAAACGCUAAUAAGGCGGCGGAGCCCGACCACCGGAAGCUGGUUGUCGCCUCCGUCUCCCCGCAGUCUGUGGCUUCGUUAGCUGCGAGAUUUCAGCUGAAUCCUACAGACACUGCCAGGAAGUUAACUUCAUUCUUCAAAAAGAUAGGGGUGCACUACGUGUUUGACACCGCCUUCUCACGCAACUUCAGCCUCAUCGAGAGCCAGCGCGAGUUUGUGCAGCGGUUCCGGAGCCAGGCCGACUCCAGACAGGCCCUGCCCGUGCUGGCCUCCACCUGCCCAGGCUGGAUCUGCUAUGCCGAGAAGACCCACAGCAGCUUACUCCUCCCGCACCUCAGCACCGCCCGGUCCCCGCAGCAGGUCAUGGGCGCCCUGGUCAAGGACUUCUUCGCCCAGCAGCAGCACCUGACCCCCGACCGGCUCUACCACGUGACGGUGAUGCCCUGCUAUGACAAGAAGCUCGAGGCAUCCAGACCGGACUUCUUCAACCAGGAGUUCCAAACACGUGACGUCGACUGUGUCAUCACGACAGGGGAGGUGUUCAGGCUGCUGGAGGAGGAAGGGGUUUCGCUUCCAGACCUGGAGCCGGCCCCGCUGGAUGCUCUGUCCAGCUGUGUGUCCGCUGAGGAGCCCACCAGUCAUCGGGGCGGGGGCUCAGGGGGCUACCUGGAGCACGUGUUCAGGCACGCAGCCCGGGAACUCUUUGGAAUCGACAUGGCUGAGGUCACCUACAAGCCCCUGAGGAACAAGGACUUCCAGGAGGUGACCCUGGAGCGGGAUGGCCAGGUCCUCCUGCACUUCGCCACCGCCUACGGCUUCCGCAACAUCCAGAACCUGGUACAGAAGCUGAAGCGCGGGCGCUGCCCGUACCACUACGUGGAGGUCAUGGCCUGCCCCUCAGGCUGCUUGAACGGCGGGGGGCAGCUCGGGGCUCCGGAUGGGCGCGGCAAGGAGCUGCUGCAGCAGGUGGGGCAGCUCUACAGGGAGGUCAGGACGCAGCUGCCCGAGGACGCGCCAGGGGUCCUCGAGCUGUACGGACACUGGCUACAGGGUGAGGGCUCGGACAAGGCCAGCCGCCUGCUGCACACACGGUACCACGCCGUGGAGGGGGCCGGCUCCGGCUUCAGCAUCAAGUGGUAGGGGCCUCAGUGACCCGGCCUGGCAGGCGGCGCACACGAGCACGAGCCUGGGGCCCCGGGGCCUGUGCCCCAAGACACAGCGGGACGAGCUGGGACACAUGGAGACGGCCGUGGUUGGGACCUGCCGCCGGCAAGCUGCACACCUCAGGCCCACACUAAGGCACCGUGCCCUGGGGGGCCCACUAGGGCUCAGGAGGCGAGGGCUGACCCCGUGCCCACAGCAAGGCUCCGGAAACUUCUGUGGGUGAUGACUUGGGCUCUGUCACCAGGCUCCCUCCUUGUUCCCUGGUGUGAGGGGAGCUUGCGAUUUCUAGAGUCACUCUGAAGCCGUGGUCCUGGGGUUUGUGCCCGGCACGGGGAACCCGCUGAGCAGGCAAGAGGCACCCACCGUGAGGCACACCCAGCGCUGGGGGUGGGGGGCGUGUUCCCGCCGGCUUGGAAUCUGGAAGUGGGCCGAACAGUGAGGCCGCAGCAGGCCUGGGGCUCGGGCCCACGUGUGCAGCAGGGUGCAGGGAGCCCGGCGGUGCGGCAGUGGCUUCUCUGCGGUCCAAAGAUGAGCCUUCCGUUCACAGACGGGCUGGGGGUGCCAGGCUGGCUCUGCCCACAGUGGGCCAGUCUCGCCAUGAGGCUCACUCCCAAUAAAG